AUGGCGUUUGCAGAUGUGAGAAAGGAUCUGCUGGACUGUUCUAUCUGUCUGAACAUUUAUACGGAUCCUGUAACUCUGAGAUGUGGACACAACUUCUGCCAGGAUUGCAUUGAUCAGGUGUUGGACAGACAGGAAGUAUCUGGAGUUUAUUCCUGUCCUGAAUGCCGAGCAGAGUCUGUGGAGAGGCCUGUACUGGUAAGGAACAUAACUCUGUGUAACAUCGCGGAGAGUUUCCUCUUUACUCAGCCAGGUCAGGAGGAUACUGGAAUCUUCUGCACUUACUGUGUGGACUCAUCUGUCGCUGCUGUUAAAUCCUGUCUUCAUUGUGAAGCUUCUAUGUGUGAUAAACACCUGAGAGCACACAGCAAGGCACUAGAACAUGUCCUAACUGAACCCACCACCUCCAUGGAAAAUAAGAAAUGCUCUGUCCAUAAGAAGAUCCUGGAGUAUUUCUGCAUCAAGGACUCUGUAUGUAUCUGUGUGUCUUGUAGGUUGGAUGGAGAUCACCAGGGACAUCAAGUAGAGAAGCUGGGCGAGGCCUCUGAGAAGAAGAAAAAGAGACUGAGGAAUGUUCUGCAGGAGCUGAUCACCAAGAGAGAUGAGACUGAGAAAAGAGUCAGGAGUCUUCAGGAACGUAGGGGUAAGAUACCAGAUAUCGCAGUUGAGGUAAAAGAAAGAGUCUCUACCCACGUUAAAGACAUCAUAAUACAGCUAGAAGACUUUAAGAUGAGGGUCAUAAGUGAGAUCUCCAGGCAAGAAGAACAGAAAUUACGUUCACUCUCUGAUCUGAUCCAGCAACUGGUUUUAAAGAAUGAUGAACUGUCCAGGAAGAUUCAGCAAGUUGAGGUGCUGUGUAACAUGACUGAUCCUCUGACUGUCUUACAGAAAUCAGACUCAGGUGACUUGUGUGAUACCAAGGAGGAAGGUAAUGAGAACAGAGAGACGAAAAGUAAACAACUCAACAGUAGAGGCAAACUAAAUGGGACUGUGAUCUCACAGACCUUACACACAUUAUUUGAUAAUGUAAGAAUGAUAGAAAUAGGGAUCUAUUUUCAGAAUUCAGAACGUGCAGACAUAUUACUGGAUCCAAACACAGCUGGUAAUGGUCUACAGAUAUCAGAUGACAUGAAAACAGCAUCCUUCUCAAAGAACCAGAAGCACCCAGAAACACCAGAGAGGUUUCAGCAACCUCAGGUGUUAAGCAGCACAAGUUUUACCUCCGGACAACAUUCCUGGGAAGUGGAGUUUAAAGAAUCAACAAACUGGAUAGUGGGAAUGUGUUAUGCCAGUAUAAAGAGGAAAGCAAAUCAGCACCAGAUUGGAAAUGAUAACAAGUCUUGGAAACUGGAUAGGUACACAAAGUAUUUAGCAGUACAUAAUAAAAAUGAAAUCCAAUUACCUGGCAAUAUAGCCAGUAAUAGAUUCAGGAUCUCUCUGAAUUAUGAGGCUGGCCAGCUGUCAUUUUAUGAGCUGUGUGAGCCCAUCAGACACCUCCACACCUUCACCGCCACCUUCACUGAGCCCCUUCAUGUUGUGUUGGGGGUAUGGAAAGGAUCUGGUAGUGCUAGACUGACGAAAGACAAGAGGUUUGCAUUUGGAAGUGGUGCUGCCUUGAGGAGGCCAACCAGUAAAGGAGGUAUGAUGUAUGAGGACCUGUUUGUGGUCAUGUAUGUAUGA